ACCCUUUCUACAGUCUUCAUCGCGGGCCGUCCAUGCGGAAUGGUGUUCUUUCGGGGAUUAAGUUGCAACUAUGAGUGCUUAAAGUGUUACUUUACCAGUGCCUAGUUUUGUUUCAUUGACUGUUCUUUUCCAACAUGGAGCCUUUGGAUUAUGUGAUUUUUGUGUCAAGGAGAGGUGACACGGCGUAGUUCUUAAAGUCGUCCUAAGAAGGGCCUCGGAUGACAUUAACUCACUCUAAGUGGGAAUUACAUAAAAACCAAAGAUAAUCUGCAAUGGAGCAGUUUGAACAAUUGCUUACUUGUGCCAUCUGCUUGGAUCGGUACCGCAACCCCAAGCUGUUACCAUGCCAACACUCCUUCUGUAUGGAGCCCUGCAUGGACGGGUUGGUCGACUAUGUCCGAAGACAGGUAAAAUGUCCGGAGUGUCGAGCAGAACACCGUAUCCCCUACCAGGGAGUCCAGGGCUUCCCUACAAACGUUACCCUCCAACGCUUCCUAGAGCUGCACAUAGAGAUCACAGGAGAGCUGCCAGACCCUACCAGUGGCCAGGUGAUGAAGCGGUGUGGAGUAUGCUCAGAGAAGGCAUACUGCAGCAUGUGUGUCCACUGCGAGAAGGACAUUUGUCCAGACUGCAAAGGAGCCCACAUGGAUAUCCUGCGAAGAGAAAUUUCCAGGAUAAACAAUCAGGUCCGGAGAGGUCUUCACCGACUACAAGACCUACUUGCAGUCGUAGAGAAGAACAUGCUUGCAUUACAAACUAACUGUACCUCUGUGUCAGACGAAGUAGACGAAAUCUACAGAAGACUGAACAAAGCACUCAAGGAUCGAACCGAGUUUUUACGUGGAGAAAUCGACAGGUAUUUGUCAACAGAACUGAAAAACCUCAAUACGUUAAAGGACAAUUUAGAAACUGAAAUUUCCAACAUACAGGCAAACUGUGAUCUAGCUGAUAAGCAUAUGCAGUCGGAGGAGAUAGAGUGGGACGAUUGUGAAUUGAUGGACGCCAAAGAGAUUUUUCUAAAGACUGUCGAGUUUGUAAGAAACUUCGAAGCUGAGACUGGAGAUUACACGAGAAAAGCAAGGUUCAUCAUGGCACACGACCCCAACCAACUAGUCCUGCAUGUGGCUGGUUAUGGAGACCUGUCUAUUAACAUGCCCCAUCAAUUUACUGGUAACCAAUCUUCCAACCAGAGUGGAGGGGGUAUGCUACAACCUCCUGGGCCAGGCCUGAUGAGAUCUAAGAGUGACCAUAGGUUGGCCUCGCAGUACAGACAACAAGAACAGUAUGACAGGGGCUACGAGGGGUCUGAAUCAGGCAGAGUGUCUCCCUUGGGUGGAAGAAAAUUCGGGGAAAGACCUGCAGCGAGAAAUACUGGUGACCAAUACGAAGGUGGAAGAUACGGCAGAAAUAGGGACAGGGGUGACUAUGGUGGAGAUUACGAUUCUCCCUAUGACGAAGGAAACCGAUCUACAGCAAGAUCUAGGAUCAGGGCCAGGAUGAACCGCCAUGCCGCCGGUGACUCAGACGAUGAUACGUCUGGAGGAAGAUCUGUCAGAUUCACCGAAGGAAGUCACACACAACAGAAAGAAAGAGAACGUGUCCUUGACACCGAGGAUGUAGCCAAAGGACCACUCAGUGGAAUUACCAGACUCUACGACUCUCCUAGAGUAAUGAAGAGGCUGCAAGACUCUGAGACAAAAAAGGACAAACCUCCCCCACCUGCCGCACCACCAGUUCAAAAGUUCCAACCACCAAAGAGACCUGUGGCUGCUGCUCAGCGACAGAUAAGUGAGGAAGAUGAAGUGACUAAGAUCAAAAGGUUGAUGAAGAACGCACCUGGGGAACCGGCAUCUUCAGCCCCUGAACCGGUUCGUCCUGCAGCAGAUAGGGUGUCUGCCUUAAAGGGACGGCCAGAAGAAGAGAGAGAGGACCGUCAACAAGCGUCUUCACCGACGUCAGGGUCUUCUAGGUCUACACCGUCUUCAGAACCCACCACCAGGAAGCCAUCACAGGAGGUCAUGUCAAGUGAAGCAGACUCAGAUGAUGGAUCCUCUGUAAGCUCCUUACAGCAAACCCAAAGAAAGACUUCUGUUGCAGCCAAGACCACGCCUACUUCCGGUUCCAGGCGGUCUUCCACUUCCUCUGAAGUCACCACUACAGCUAACAGGGCAAGUGUUGGGACCUCCAGCACUCCAUCGACCCCAACAACUCCUACAGCUCCGACUCCGGCAGCCAAGGUAGAAGAGGAUGAGGAAGAGGAAAGCAGCGAGGAGAGUUCUGAAAGUGAAGAGUCAGAGUCCGAAGAGGAAUCAGACGAUAAGACGAAGACGGUGGCUAAGCCCAUGGAGAAGACAGACAUUGGUCCUCUUCUGGCAAGAUCUCAACAGGCAAGGGAUUCCGGGAGCGGUACUAGCACGAGGAGGAGUAGCAAAGAUGAAGGUUACACUUCAAGAUGGGGAGACCAGUCUUAUCUUACGAGAGAAUCGUCCCAGGCUCCUGCGAGCAUACUAAAGAGAAGAGAAAGUCAAGAGCAAGAGGUUACAGGAAACAGGUAUGGCCAGCCCAGCUACAGAACAUCUUACGCUAGAGAUAGGGACGACCCUCAUUCUUAUCUUACUAGAUCCAGAGACCCUGAUCCUGAAUCAACCGGGUCGAGGUAUGGGGAUAGCUCUUAUCAGUCAAGAUACGGUAACAAGGACGACUCCUCCAGUACCACUCCCAGCUGGCGUUCCCGAACGUCCACCACCACAGCCGAGGAGGAACCUACCUCCUCCAGGUACGGUCCUGGGGGGUUCCAGAGCCGAUUCCUGAACAAGAGUAAGAGCACGGCCGCCGUCAGUCCGGAGGAGGAAGCGCCAGAAAGGAAGUUCUCUUCUGCUGGCACCGAUGACUCCAGAUACCCAAGCACGGCUAGGUCCAGAUACUCCGCCCUCAAGGACCGCAAGACCCGUCUAGCUCGCAGCAAGAGUUCUCACAACUUCGGAGCUGACGAAGACGAGGACCCGGACGAGACGACGUCACCUGCAGCAUACAUGGCGGCCAAGGGAUAUGGCCAGAGUGGAAGUGACCUGGCCAGGAGUCGUUCAACUCACACUCUCAAGUCACGAGAGAACUCGCCCGAACGCCCUUCUUCCACAGCUGGAGCCAGCAGUGGUGAGAAGGACGGCGCCGCCCUCAGUUCAUGGGCAAGGUACCUCAAGAACAAGUACGGCAACAGAGGCAAGGAUGGCAAAGACACCAGCAGCGGUACAGCCUCUAGACGACUCAGUCUUGGGCUCCCUCUCAGGACCAACUCAGAAGACAGCUCUGCAGACGAUCAAAAAAACCUGCCAGGCUCCCCCACCUCUCCUACUCAAGUUAUGGCUCCGGCCGGUUUCGCAGCAGUCGGUACUAAGAACCAGUACCUGCAAAAGCGGCGGAUGCUGUUCAAGGUAGGGAGUCGGGGGAGCGAGCCUGGAUGUUUCACUUGGCCACGAGGUAUUGCCGUGGCUCCAGACAACUCCAUCGUAGUCGCGGACUCUUCCAACCACAGAGUUCAGGUUUUUGACUCCAACGGAAUAUUCUCCAAGGAGUUUGGAUCGUACGGGAACGCAGAGGGAGAGUUUGAUUGCUUGGCUGGGGUGGCGGUCAAUAGGAUCGGCCAGUUCAUCAUUGCAGACCGAUACAACCACCGCAUACAGGUGAUGGAUCCGUCAGGAAGAUUUCUAAGAUCAUUCGGAUCCCAAGGCACAGCUGAUGGGAGAUUCAACUAUCCAUGGGGCAUCACCACAGACGCUCUCGGCUUCAUUUAUGUUUGUGAUAAAGAAAACCACAGAGUACAGGUGUUCCAGUCUGAUGGCACUUUUGUAGGCAAGUUUGGUUCUCAUGGCAGUAAACAAGGACAACUAGAACAUCCUCACUACAUCGCAGUUUCCAACACUAACAAGGUGAUUGUAAGUGAUUCCAACAACCAUCGCAUUCAAGUUUUCGACGUAAACGGCCGAGUUCUAAAUUCUUUCGGCACUGAAGGGUCGGAAAAUGGGCAGUUCAAGUUCCCAAGAAAUGCACUCCCUCCUUCCAAGGACCCGACACCCGCCAAGCCGACCAGGCGUGGCGGUCGACGACCAAGGGUACAUAAUCGUCGGGGACUCAGGCAACAACCGCAUCCAGAUCUUCAACCCGGACGGCAGCUUCCUGAGGGCGUUCGGGUGUUGGGGCUCGGGAGACGGGGAGUUCAAGGGACUGGAGGGAGUCGCAGUGAUGUCCAAUGGGAACAUUCUGGUGUGCGACCGCGAGAAUCACCGCCUUCAGGUCUUCUAAGAAGGCAGAUCUCCACUCCAAACCAAUCAUCAUCAAAGUACGAGGUAGACCUAGAGAGACCCACAUCUAACUUUCACUCCCCCAAAAGAUUCACUCGAUCGAUAUCAUUCGAAGAAAACUUAGUGUCCCCUGAACUGUCCCGUGAGCAAUCACCGAGAUAUUCUUCCAUUGAUCCAAACUCCUCUUCGAGUUUGUUGACCAACUAUUUUAGAUCGUCAUCCUUAGAAGAACCCAUUUCAAAUUCAAGCGAACACGAAAUCAGCUUCAGAAGACCUUUAAAUAGGGAAACUCCAUCUUCCACUUCCUUAGAAAGAUCAGCGUACAUUUCCAGAGCAUCGUCUUUUGAGGAGUACUCAAGAAACAAUGUGGAGUAUGGAUCUCAUUUUCCAGCUGCAUCUGAUAGAAAACUAAUUACACCAUCUCAAUCUACCUUUACUCCAUCUGCGUUAGGUUCUAUUGUGCCAUGUUCCAGUCGUGAUCAUACAUUUUCUUCGCGUCCUCCUUAUUUUGGAAGAUCGAUAUCCUACGAAGGAAGAGUUCCUUGUGAUAUAGAAUAUCAAAAUCCAUCUUUCAAACGAUCUAGUAGUCCUUCAACAAGUUUCUUACAAAGAUCAGCUGGUAAUACUGGCAAACCUGAUGUUCUUCGACGUACUAUUUCUUACGAGCAAAGUUCGAUCACUAGUGUUCCAGCUCCAGUUUUCGGACGUAGACCCAGCUCCAGCGGCUCCAGUGGUCUUCUCCCUCGUCGACCUCUUUUGUCCCGUCGUUUGUCUAUAAUUUAAGUUACCAUUUUCAAAUAUUGUUUUAUAGUCAAAACAAUGUAUUUUCUUUUGUUAUGUAUAGUUGACCAUAGGUCACUACUUAUUGAUAGCUUGGAUUGGUUCUCUUCAAUUUCUGUAAAGCCUGUAAUAGAUAUUUAUCAAAACUCUGUGCAUUUAUACUAUUAAUUCUAAUUGGUAAACCCCUUAAGAUACAAAACCCUACGCCUAUGUAGAAUCAUUAGAAAACUUAACAUAUCUUGUUACUAAAUAACAGAACCGCUAUGAUUGUAGAGUUUUCAAUUUACAAAAGGUUUCUAUAGCAUCUUUACUAUUUUUUCUAAAAUAGGUAGAUGAUUGUUACCAGAAAUCGAAAUACUAUUUGUUUUGUUGAUAAUUUUAUAACAUAGAAAUUAAGUGAUAUUGAAUGUGUUGUUAGCACGUGUAUUGGAUACUGACAAUAAAUUGUUUUAAUCUGUUGA